AUGGCCAUCAUCUCUCAUUUCAAUCAAUAUUCAUGCAAUAAUCUCUUCAAAAUAACACCUUUAUACGUCCAAUUCAGUUCUGCAAGACCUUCAAUCACCCCUCUAAGCUCAACCAAAAUCAUCCCAGCAAGCAAUAAUUCCAUCUUGAAAUCAAGAAUUCUGGUAAACAGAGAACCCAUCAAGACAAGGCCAUUGUUCUUGGUCAAGGCUGUGGAUGGGGAGGAGAAGAAGCUGAUUGAGCUGGUAGAGAUUGAUAGCUUAAAGACACAGCUGUUGAAUUCUUUGCAUGGAACUGAUCAUAGACUGAUAGCUACUAGUGAGACAAGAGCUAAGGUUGUGGAGCUUAUGGCUCAGCUUGAAGCCAGAAACCCCAAUCUCCCACUGAGGCUCUGUCUCUGCUCAAUGGCAAGUGGAUUCUUAAAGAUCAAGGAAAUAUCUCAGACAAUCGACUCAGAGAACUUCACUGUUCAGAAUUCUGCGCAAUUCUCAGGGCCAAUACAUCCAUUAGUGCCAAUGCCAAAUUUGAAGUCCGAAGCCCCAAACGUGUGCAG